GCAUAUUCUGCGUUUAACACGAUAAUGAAGGCCUUGAUAUUCAACACGUUGUGAGUUUCUUUAUAAAUUAGAAUUAUGGAAAUAAAUAUGGUCAACCUUGAAGGAACAAAGGUGAGAACCGAGGGAAAAGCCAUGGGUUUAAGUUUAACUGGUAGUGGCUUUCGCCCUCUGUUCUUUCUAAUGCUUGUUAUUGGGUGCACUGCAAGGCCCCUAUACCCACUUCCAAGUAAAGUUAAUAAAGGUGAGAGACAGCCUUUACAAACCUCUAGACCGUAUAACAUUGCACACCGAGGUUCAAAUGGAGAGUUCCCUGAAGAAACUGCUGCUGCAUACUUGAGAGCUAUUGAAGAAGGCGCAGACUUCAUAGAAACAGACAUUCUUUCUUCAAAAGAUGGUGUUCUUAUAUGCAUGCAUGACGUUUAUCUUGAUGACACCACUAACAUUGCAAAUCACACGGAAUUUGCAAAUCGUAAAACAACCUAUGAGGUUGAAGAGGUCAACAUUACAGGGUUUUUUGUUGUUGAUUUCACACUGCAAGAACUGAAGACUUUAAGGGUGAAUCAGAGGUACAAAUUCCGGGAUCAACAAUACAAUGGAAGAUUUCAAAUUAUUACGUUUGAAGAGUACAUUUCAAUUGCUCUAGAUGCAUCAAGAGUUGUUGGAAUAUACCCAGAGAUAAAAGAUCCAGUAUUUAUCAAUCAGCAUGUGAAAUGGCCCAAUGGUAAGAGAUUUGAGGACAAGUUUGUGGAGACACUUAAGAAGUACGGAUACCAUGGUUCAUAUAUGUCGAAAGAAUGGUUGAAGCAACCUGCAUUUAUCCAAUCCUUUGCUCCAACCUCACUUGUGUAUGUAUCGAAUCUGACAGACUUGCCCAAAAUCUUCUUGAUUGAUGAUAUCACAGUUCAAACUCAAGACACUAAACAGACAUACUGGGAAAUCACUUCCGAUUCUUAUCUUGAUUAUAUUAAAGAAUAUGUCGUUGGCAUCGGACCAUGGAAGGAUACCAUAGUUCCAGUGGUAAACAAUUAUUUGCAGACUCCAACCGAUCUUGUCACCAAAGCACAUGCCCGUGACUUACAGGUGCACCCAUACACUUACCGGAAUGAAAACUUGUUCUUACACUUCAACUUUAACCAAGAUCCAUAUCAAGAGUAUGACUACUGGUUGAACAAGAUUGGGGUCGAUGGACUUUUCACAGACUUCACAGGCAGUCUUCAUCUUUACCAGGAAUGGGCAUCUCCAGUUGAAGGGGAAGAUGAGCACAAAGCAUCCAAAUUGCUACAAAAAAUCAAGGCGUUGCUUGCAUCAUAGGGUAUAAUAUAAAUUGUACAAGCAUGUAUGUACCAUAGAAUCACCACAUCUGCAACCUCAAGAGAAGCAAAAUUUGAGGAUUUUAGUAUUCACUCCUAGAUUUAUUGAAAUGCUUUCGAAAGAAAUAAACGAUCUUACGUUUGCUUUGAAA